UACCCCCGGGCCGUAUAGGCUCGGCCUCCCCGCGCUCCAGUCUUCCCCUUUCUCUUCGACCGCCUGCCAGAUUUCUUAUUUCUGCGGCCCCUCCCACGCCAAAUUAAAUCAACUGACAGAAUGCGGGGCAUCCCCCCCGAAGCGGCGUCUCCCUUUACCUUGCUCUCCCUCUUUUUCUGAAGAUGCUAAACUACUGGCGGACUGCAGAGGAGAGGAGUCCCGUCUUCUCCUGAUGUGUUUGCCUGUAGGUACCUGAGCUGACACUGACGGUGCCUAAAGAUGCUGAGCAGCGUUUGGUUCCUCAGUGUGUUAACCGUGGCCGGGUUCUUACAGACAGAGAGUCGCAAAACUGCCAAAGACAUUUGCAAGAUCCGCUGCCUGUGUGAAGAGAAGGAAAACGUACUGAAUAUUAACUGCGAAAACAAAGGAUUUACGACUGUCAGCCUGCUUCAGCCUCCCCAGUAUCGAAUCUACCAGCUUUUCCUCAAUGGAAACCUCCUGACAAGAUUGUACCCAAACGAGUUCGUCAAUUACUCCAACGCAGUGACUCUCCACCUGGGUAACAACGGGCUGCAGGAGAUCCGAACGGGGGCCUUCAGUGGCCUGAAAACACUCAAGAGACUCCACCUCAACAACAACAAGCUCGAGGUGCUGAGGGAGGACACGUUCCUGGGCCUGGAAAGCCUUGAGUACCUCCAGGCUGACUACAAUUACAUCAGCGCCAUAGAGGCAGGGGCAUUCAGCAAACUGAAUAAGCUCAAAGUGCUCAUCCUGAACGACAACCUGCUGCUCUCACUGCCCAGCAAUGUGUUCCGGUUUGUCCUGCUGACCCACUUAGACCUGAGGGGAAAUAGGCUGAAAGUAAUGCCUUUCGCCGGUGUCCUUGAACAUAUCGGAGGGAUCAUGGAGAUUCAGCUGGAGGAAAACCCAUGGAACUGCACUUGUGACUUACUUCCUCUCAAGGCUUGGCUGGACACCAUAACUGUUUUUGUGGGGGAGAUUGUCUGUGAAACUCCCUUUAGAUUGCAUGGUAAAGAUGUGACCCAACUAACCAGGCAAGACCUCUGUCCCAGAAAAAGUUCUGGUGACUCAGGUCAGAGGGGCAGCCAUGCUGACACACACAGCCAAAGGCUGUCGCCUACAAUGAAUCCUGCUCUUAACCCAACCAGGGCUCCAAAAUCCAGCCGACCACCCAAAAUGAGAAAUCGUCCAACUCCCCGGGUCAGUGUGUCGAAGGACCGGCAGAGCUUUGGCCCGAUCAUGGUAUACCAGACCAAGUCCCCCGUCCCCCUCACCUGCCCCAGUAGCUGUGUGUGCACCUCUCAGAGCUCAGACAAUGGUUUAAAUGUAAACUGCCAAGAAAGGAAGUUCACUAAUAUAUCCGACCUGCAGCCCAAACCUACCAGUCCAAAGAAACUCUACCUGACAGGGAACUAUCUUCAAACUGUCUAUAAGAACGACCUCUUAGAUUAUAGUUCUUUGGAUUUGUUACAUUUAGGAAACAACAGGAUUGCAGUCAUUCAGGAAGGUGCCUUCACAAACCUGACCAGUUUACGGAGACUUUAUCUGAAUGGCAAUUACCUUGAAGUGCUGUAUCCUUCUAUGUUUGAUGGACUGCACAGCUUGCAGUAUCUCUAUUUAGAGUAUAAUGUCAUUAAGGAAAUUAAGCCGCUCACCUUCGAUGCUUUGAUUAACCUACAGCUACUGUUUCUGAAUAACAACCUGCUGAGGUCCUUACCCGAUAACAUAUUUGGGGGCACGGCCCUCACCAGGCUGAAUCUGAGAAACAACCAUUUUUCUCACCUGCCUGUGAAAGGGGUUCUGGAUCAGCUUCCAGCCUUUAUCCAGAUAGAUCUGCAAGAGAACCCGUGGGACUGCACCUGUGACAUCAUGGGGCUAAAGGACUGGACAGAACAUGCCAGUUCCCCUGUCAUCAUCAAUGAGGUGACCUGUGAGUCUCCUGCUAAGCACGCAGGGGAGAUCCUGAAGUUUCUGGGGAGGGAUGCUAUCUGUCCAGACAGUCCAAACUUGUCCGACGGAACCAUUCUGUCAAUGAAUCAUAACACAAACACACCUCGUUCGCUUAGUGUGUCUCCCAGUUCCUAUCCUGAGCUACACACCGAAGUCCCACUUUCUGUCUUAAUUUUAGGAUUGCUUGUGGUCUUUAUUUUAUCUGUUUGUUUUGGGGCUGGUUUAUUCGUCUUUGUCCUGAAACGCCGAAAGGGGGUGCCAAGUGUUCCCAGGAGUGCCAACAACUUAGACGUGAGCUCCUUUCAGUUACAGUAUGGGUCUUACAACGGCGAGACUCAGGAUAAAACGGAUGGCCACGUCUAUAACUACAUCCCCCCGCCCGUGGGGCAGAUGUGCCAAAACCCCAUCUACAUGCAGAAGGAAGGGGACCCGGUGGCCUAUUACCGAAACCUGCAGGAAUUCAGCUACAGCAGCCUGGAGGAGAAAAAGGACGAGCCGGCCACUGUGGCUUACACUAUAAGCGCCGGCGAGCUGCGGGAGAAGCAGGCCGCGCCCAGGGAGCCCGAGCUGCUGUACCAGAACCUGGCCGAGCGCGCCAAGGAGCUGCCCAGCGCGGGCCUGGUCCACUACAACUUUUGCACCCUACCGAAGAGGCACUUCGCCCCUUCCUACGAAUCUCGACGCCAAAACCAAGACAGAAUCAAUAAAACCGUUUUGUACGGAACUCCCAGGAAAUGCUUUGUGGGGCAGUCAAAACCCGACCACCCUUUACUGCAAGCUAAGCCGCAAUCGGAACCGGACUACCUCGAAGUUCUGGAAAAACAAACUGCGAUCAGUCAGCUGUGAAGGCAAAUCAUGGGCAACCCCGGGGCAUCAAAGGGACGCCGCUGCGAACUGUCUUCCUGUUUGUUUGUGCUCUCACUCGCCCAGCGUCGGUGGGGGACUUUGGAAAUGUUUGGGGGAUGGGGCGAAGCAAUGGUACUGCUUUUUCAAGCUUUCUUUUAAAUUAUUUCCCUCUUGCUCCCCCCGCCUCUUUUUCCUUCUCUCGUUAAGCAUCAUCAUGGAACGCGAAUGUUUCUACAAUGCAGUUUUUCAUGUACUUUGUUUAUGGUUUUGUUUCUCUUUUAGUUUUCCAGUGGGGGAUGGGAAAAGGAGAUGAUAGUGAAUGAAGAAAGAGUAAGCAAACUUUUCAAGUGAAAAUGGCUAUUGAGUGUAUUUUGUAGAAGAUCUCCAAAGAUCUUUUGAGACUAUAAAUUCUUUUGUAAAUAAUGAUAUAUGGUAUUUCCAUCUUCAGUUACCAAGUAUAGCCAAUAGGCAUCUCUCCUUUGUGUUAAAGUGCCUUUGCACUUUAAGUACAUUACUUAAAUGUUGCUUUUAGCUUUGAUAAAUUGAACAUAUUUUAAUGUGUUGUAUUUUUGAAAUUAAAACACUGUAAAAUAGAUCGAAAUGUCAGCUAUAUUAAGUCAACGUACAGUUUGCUUGAGUUAUAGAAACCAGCCUGUCAUCAAAUGAUUCUAGUUCUAGGACUUUAUAGAUUUAACUGUAAAAUAUUUCCUUUCUGCUGGGUUUGUUCUAAGUGGUUUUAUUUAAGUCAACUAAGGGGAUUUAACAGUGGACUAGAGGUAAUAAAACACCUCAGUCGGGAUUAGUAAUUCAUUAAUAAAAUAUAUUUAACCCAAUAUCAGAGUGAAUCGAACAAUUAAUGCCCUUCUGUAAAUCAUUAUUUUACACUAACAUGAUCAAUGUUUUAGAUUAUUUUCCUAAUUAAGAGUACAUUACACAACUUGUAAUAUAUUUUUUCUGCAUUAAAUUAGAUAUUUUUAUAUAUUUAAAUUAUAGAGUCUGUAUUUCUAACUUUUCCAUUGAAAUUAAUAUUUUUUCUGUCUAUUGAAACAUUUUCUAUAAACACACACCAGUAGAGGCCGCCACACACCUCAUUUAAUAAAGACAUAUAGCCAUUAAAUACCUUGAAGGAGGACUUCAAAGGUGAGGUUAAAACUUCCCAAGUAAAUUCUCUGCAAAUUCAAGGCAGCAGAGGCAAAUGUAUACAUUACUUUCUUGUAGGAUUAAAAGUUAGGCUCAGAAUUCUCAAUUUUCACGUGUUCAGAGAAAGCGUUUUCCUCUUGAGUUCAUUGACGCGUCAAGGGGUGCUACCAAGUCGUACUAUUUGCGCCUCCAAAUUGAUUCAUAAGUACAUAAACCAAGAAAGUAAGCCUCUUUUUUUCUCCUGCCUUCUUUAGCUAUGUGUUACUUGAAUAUUUCCUUGUCACUUUGAGCAAGCCUUUUGUUUAAGCAUUAAAAUGAUUUUUAACCUAACCAAGUUUAUAUAACAUUUAUGAAGCCUUAUUAGCCUGUAAAUAAUUUUAGAUGCAAACAUUAUUGUGUGAUUUAAACAAACAGCCCUUCUUUACAACAAAAAUAGUUUUGUUUUGUCUAUUGUAAAUCCUUAUGCAACUGGGAUAGUGAUCUGCAUAUAAAGUAGUCCAGCUUUUCAAAUCCUUAUUAAAGCAAUUGAUGGCGUCUGAAAGAAGCACACUGUUUCCUUUUCAUAAAUAGGUUACUGCACAUAAUAAUCCUUUAUUAUCCAGUGAAGAUUGAAGUGGAUCCUGAUAACUUACUUUUAAGGCUUUAAAAUGACUAAUAGUAUAUUGUCUGUCACUAUAAACAAUUCAUGUGAUAGGCUCUCAAUUAGAAAUUACUUAAAUCCAAAUUAUUUGGAUUAAUAAUGACAGAUGCAAAAUAGUUUUUUAAACAAUAGGAGGUAAUUGUGUGUAUAUAAAUGUAAAGGAAAUUCAGGGAAAAGAAUGCCUCUAACAACCUAGAAUCUCUAAGUAUCUACCGUGUCAAGGUAACAUGUUCAUUCUUUGAUUAGAGAUCACAAUUCCUAUUUAAAUCUGUUAGAUCAAAAUUGAAAAUGGACUGAAAUGACCUAUGGGAAAGUUAAUGUACAGAAAUGUUACAUUUCACAGAAAAGGAGCUAGAGGAUUAUACUAGUUGAACUUGGAGAUAUCUCCUGGAAACCACUCUUCUUUGAGUGGAGUAUUUAUAUAUAAAAGAGUUGAAAAAAUCCUCUUGUCACUGCUUUCAUUUGGUGCAAUGAUAAAUACAGAAUACAGAUGUAGGUUUUUUGGGAAAUGAUUAUGAAGACAAAUUAGUAUAUGUAUUCUAUUAAGAUAGAUUUUAGGUUUACAUUUUUAUGACUCGAACUACCAACGUAUGAUUCUACUUCAGUGUUUGUUUUUAUUCUCCUCAAAGUAAAGUCAUUCCUGUAAAAUGCCAUUAUCCAUAGAAAAACAAAUUCAUUAAUUUUAAAUAAAGAUAGUUUAAUAUUCAGUCACACGAUUUAAAAAGGCCUCCUGGAAGAACUCAGAUUUAUAAACGCUCUUGCUUAAUAAUUAUCAUCUUUUUAGAUCUGUGCUUUAUUUGUAGUAGGUUUUAAAAUGAAAUCAUUUGAAUUUGGCCCAGACUAUUUCACUUAAAGGCAUAAUACACCAUAUACUUUGAAGCUUUAUUUUCUAAUGUAAUCACAAACACUUUGUUUAUUAAUUUAUUAACAUGCCCACUGAUUAUAUUGCUUUGCUUUAUGCACCCAAGUGCUGUCGAACAUAUUUUACUUUAGGAUUUUGAUUUUUAUCUCCUACAGCUGGAUUUUGCUAUUUCGUUUUUAUUUCACGUGCAGCUUGUAAUGGGUUUGAGCGUCAGCUCAGCAAAAUGGUUCCAAGAAACAGGACGCGGUCUCCUCUGGCCCUGCCUAGAGCUGAUCUAUGUGUCUGGCCCUGCAGAUGGCACAUGGUAAUUCUCUAUGAUUCUAGCUCUUAAUUAGUUGCUUUCACUGUUUCUGAAUAUACCUGUGGUUAAGUUUGUAUUCAAACACUUGAAAGUACCAUUCCUCAGUCUGGACACAAUUGCCAAGAGUCUAACUUGGUUCUGGACUUUGGUGAACCUGUGUGCCUUGUUAGUUCACUCCCGCAGUUGGUGAGUAAGGAAAUGACCCUUCAAAUUCCUCUGCUUUGUCCUCUGACCUCUAAGAUGAUUUAAUUUUCUAAGUAUUUCCAUGUCAUCAAGGACUCUCUAUUUUAUGGAUUUUACUACAGUAUAUAAGGAACGAAAGAGAGUUCUGUGAUUUUUCAGAUUCUGGAAAUUAAUUUUGAUUGUAAACAUUCCAGACACAUACAGGAUUGCAUGCUAGAGUGAAGGAAGCCUUCCAGACAGUUCUCCAAAUCCAGCAAUUUAUUCAUUCAUUCAAUGAAUAUUUAUUGAGGGCUUGCUUCUUGGGUCCCAGGCUCUAUACUGCUUGCUGAGGGGCACAGAGGUACAGUCGACAGGAUCUCUGGCCCACCCCAUCCCCCCAUCUCUGGCAGUGAGUGUAGUGCUGAUAAAGGACAUGAAUGACAGUCACCCAGAUUAAACAGUGGGAACAGUAAUGAAAUGCAGGAAGUUGCAUUUUUCAAAGGUGAUUCUGUGCAAUGAAGUAUAAAUGGAUAUAUCAUAAACUAGCUACACUGUAACCACCAUUAACAUCUCUUUGCAGUUACACAGCUAAAAAGGAAAAACCCCACUAAAAUAAAAUAACAAAUUUCUGCAAGACACAGCCCAAUAUUAUGGCCUGAAAAUGGCUACAUACAUGUGCUAUCUAAAGAUCUCCAUUGUAAAGAUGAGUCCCAAAAAUGUAAAUACAAAAUCACAAACCUACUUAAAUUUUCUGGAAUAUCCACGUUUUAGAGUCAAUAUUUACUUUAUAUAUCAGUGAGCUUAGAAGAUAACAUUUUGGCUUAAGUGUCUUUUACUAAUACAAUGACAAGGCACUUAAGUUCUGAGAGGAAAAGUAAGUACUGUAUAUAGGUGUACUUUGCUUCUCACUAUGGCUGUGAAAAAGUUAUGUGUAAAUUGAAGUUCUGUAAAUUGAAUUGUAUUUUAAAUGUGUUAGGAGAGCUGCCAUUUAGAGGAAACUUGUAAAUUUUUUUAUAAAGCAGAAAACCAUUUUAUACUACAAAUAAUCACUCCCUAGUUUCUGUUUUGUAUAUUUGAUUUUCAAUAUCAACUUUGCUUAAAACAGAGCCCACCUGCACAAUAAGAGUGUGUUUCGCCAGUGCAGCUUGUGCUGCCAGUUUCUUGGUUGCUAAGGGCUUAUACUUGAAAAUCUGCUGCAGUUUUGUGUGAAUUGAGCUGUCAAGCGAUUCUGUGAUGGCACAGGGACGUUCCUGGACAGGCUGAGUAGCCAACCCAUUUCAACUCAAUUGAACACAGAACUCUUCUGCUCAGCAGCAUCUCCUCCCAGAUGUGGCCGUGAUUCAGCAGAGGGUAGAGUGACUCCUGUAUUCACAUCCUAUAAAGUGCAUAGGGUCACAGGUUUUAUAAUGCAUAUAUGUUAUUAUGUAAACACAUUAAAUUGCAUGUGUGUUGGAAUUUUUAGCAGUAUUUUAGCUUGAAAGUACUUGUGCAAAUACUGUUAGAUUUAGUUGCAAAUAAUUGUUCUCAAGUUAUUGGAAUAAAUGGCAAAUGAAACAAGCUCUCGUGUAAAUACUUCUGUGCCAAAUAUUGACAUUGUUUCAAAGAUAAAUGUCAUAUUUUGGGCUUUUAAUAGGCAAACUGUAAUAUUGGAAAUGUGAUCAAAUGAUAUUGUAUUUUAUUGGAUAAACUGUUUACAUCAUUAUUUUAUACUGUAGUUAGCUUUUAGUUAAUAAACAUUCACUAAAAAUAAA